GAUUAUAGAACGAUCAAGAAGACUAGAACCAGGAGGGUCAACUCGGUGCCAAUAGCAUUAGAACGGAUGAGGCAAAAAGUGGAAUCGGAUAACUUCCCCCACUCUUGCGCUUCAUUAGUCCUCUCUGUCGCUCUACAUAGUCGUUUUCAAUUCGUGACUGCGCAUGUCAACGUACUUUAACCAAACUUUCUUUAAAAACAAACUUUGUUUCUAUUUAAUUGAAUUUUAGACUAAAUAUGAUAAAACGUGUAAAAAUUUAAUCCGAUGUGGCUUACGAUGACCGAGCGAGUGUGCUGUGUUCGAAAUUGUGACUUCAAUCCUGGAGAUAAAAAAAAUCGAAGAACAGUAUUCAAAUUUUGUGAGAAAUCUCCAUACUUUAAAAUCUGGAUAAAUGCGAUUGGACCAAACUUGAAAGAUGGAAAGAAAACUCGCAAAAAUUAUUACAUUUGCGAACGACAUUUUGAUGACAGUAAUUUACAUCGAAGUCCUAUCAAUAUAUUAAAGGAUGGAAAGGAGUUGACCCUGUUACGUAGACGUCCAACAUUAAAAUCGACAAGUGUCCCAUACAUUUUUCCAGGAUAUGCAAAUAGAGAAAGAAAUGUACAUCAAUCUUUAAGACUUAUAGAUUCAAAUCAUCUUGAAAGCUCCUCGAUUAUAGAUUCAAAUCAUCUUGAAAACUCCUCGAUUAUAGAUUCAAAUCAUCUUGAAAACUCCUCGAUUAUAGAUUCAAAUCAUCUUGAAAACUCCUCGAUUAUAGAUUCAAAUCAUCUUGAAAACUCCUCGAUUUCCCGUUUUUCUGACAAAACAAAUCACAGCAUUAUUAACUAUCAGUCACUACCUUUACUUUGCGACGAAUCCUCACCGCUGCUGCAUACACCAAUGGAAUGCACUUCAGAAAAUGUUUAUAACACAACGGUUUUACUAAAGGAGUGGAAUGCGAGACCUUCUUAUCAAUCCAUGGGGUCAUGGAGUGUGACGAAAACAAAGUGUGGAUUACUUUUCAUACUUUUUGAAAGCACUUCAGAACAUUGUAACAGUACAAUACAGCGUUCUUUACUUGUAAAGAAUGACAUGACUAUCGAGUUACAUGCUCAUAAUCAUCCUGUCACUUAUCAUCUUUUGGAAAAGGUGACAUGCCUACAAGAUAUAUAUUUUUCAUUGCGAAGAAUAAGUGCAAUAAAAAUGUGCCAAGAAGAGUCCUGCACCAUUGGGUACUUUGAGCACAAACUACAUUCACGAUCCAAUCUUUGUAAAGAUUGCCAAUCAAAGAACAGAAGAAAAAAAGCAAGAGAAAGCAAACGCGAAAGGAGAGCAGCAGCCAGAAAAGCGAAGGAGAACAUUUGCAAGAAAAAUGUAAAACAAAAGUACAAACGGAUAUACAACCAGGUGGAGAGGUACAAAGUAGAAUUAGAGAAUUUAAAAGUACAAUGUGCCUCACAAAAAGAGGAAAUUCUCGACGAAGCAAUAGCAAGCUUCCCACCUGUCAUGAAGAAGUCGAUUAAAGCAUGUUGGAGAUAUGCUCGCUCCAAUGACAAGCAUGGAAUGCGUUAUACAAAAGACUGGAUACUGGAAUGCCUGCUACUAAGAAUAAAAAGUCGUAAGGCUUAUAUUCAUCUUCGUUCACAUAACAUACUAGCUUUACCUACUAUUGGAACGCUUAAUAAAUACAUAAAAAACUUCAGCCCUAGUUAUGGCUUUGAUCCAGCACUUUUCGCAAUGUUAAAAGAAAAAAGUACAGCUAUGAAACCUGAGGAAAGAAGAGUGGUAUUGUUUACUUUUGCACAGGGAAUGUUCGGAAUGAUUAGAGGAUGCUGCGGAUCCACUGAUACACCUGAUCCCCUGCUAUUUAUACAAAUUUAUAGACUCCUGAGCUUCUAUUCGCUUGUCCGGCCUCCCAAGGGCUCAAAUGUUGAAGGCAUCGAAAUCUUCGACAGUUUAUUGUCGAUGAAAGAUAUAUCUAUGAGGAAUGAGAAUAAGGAUAAUUGGAAGCAGGUACUCGACGAAAUAAUUACACGUGGAGCGCAGACAUCUACUCAGGAUGCAAAACAAACACAUGAUUAUGAUUAUAUAUCUGAUGUGAACGAAUACGUGCAAACGUAUUUUGCAGGAUUCAUUUCCAGGAAAGUAGAACGAUGGACGUCAUGUUCAGAGUGUGUCUUGUAGGUAACAAAAAAAGAAGGGAAUUUGCGACGAGAUGAAAUGAUAAAUUUGCUUACUAAAGGUUAUCUCAAAUACCCCUCAGAUUCUUUAGUUAAUUUGCUUUCAGCUCUUGAACACGCAAUUUUACAAACGGUUGGUUUUGAAAAAUUAAAAUACUACACAUUUCAGCACAUUUCUCAAAAUAUUCUUUCAGAAAGUAUCACUUUCGUUGGAUGUAGUACACA